AUGCAUGACUUUGAUUUUGAUCGAAUUAAUUGGCAAGUCAUUGCAAAGUGCUCAUCACAACAAACUUUCGGGAUCAGUUUGCAAAAGCUUCUCCUUUCAUUUCCGUCCGAAUCUGUCGUCGGAUCUCUGGGUUGUCUGUUUGCACCGGGAUGUUUAAUUUUACCCCAGAAGGAAGAUCUUUUACAGGCAGCUAACAACCGGAUUUCGAGUUUGGACCAGCGAGUCACUGCACUCGCUGCUCGGUGGCUGCCGGAGAGCGUACCUUUCACUCUGAUUAUAACUGCUGGUGCGGACAAGGAGCCGGACAUUGAAGCUAUGAAAGACUCAGGGAAGCCCAAUCUACCAAACUUCCCUGGAAGUAGCGAGUGGAAAAAGCUAUCAAAAGACCCGGGAAAUCCAAGAGCAAACUUCCAUUUGGACUCGCUUCCCUGA